CGGGGAGGGGGCUGGGUGCGGGAGGCGCGGGCCCGGCUCGCGCAGCAGGUCCCACGGGUCGCCGGCGGGGCCCGGGUCCGCGCUUCCUCCUUUCUCCGGCUCGCCGCGGCCGCGGCCCCUCCUCCCGCGCGCUCCCUCCCCCUCGCCGCUGCCGCCGCCGCCGCCUCCUCCCUUUCUCUAGGUCUGUCUUUCCCGGCCCGGAAUCUACCCGGCCGCCCCGCCGGAGCGGCCAGGCCGCCGCCCGCCAGCGCCGCGCGCCCCGCUGGGGUCCGCCCGGGCGCGUCCGGAGCCCGCGGCCGCCGCGCAGGACAGAAUACGGAGGCUGAAGGCACUGAGUGGCCUGUGCCACCAUGACAGACUGAGCCAGGAUCUGAUUGGAGGCAGAAGACCUAGGUUCAAUUCCUAGCACCCAUAUGAUGGCUCACAACCAUCUGAAACUCCAGUAUCGGGAGAUCCAACGCCCUCUUCUGCCCUCUUGAGUGCAAGAGGCUCUGCAGAUGUGGACACUGGGGCCCAGAGAAGGGGAGCGACUCGCCUAGGGACGCACAGCAGGAGAGGCGGACCCCAGACGCCCCAGCUGGUGUUUGUGCCAAGCCCCCAGGCUGUUCCCCCGAUCCACUGGGGUAGCCUUGCUGCCCACCAGCCAGGACCAUGGGCAGCAACAAGAGCAAGCCCAAAGACGCCAGCCAGAGGCGCCGAAGCCUGGAGCCCGCUGAGAACGUGCACGGGGCUGGGGGCGCCUUCCCCGCUUCGCAGACACCGAGCAAGCCAGCCUCCGCCGACGGCCAUCGAGGGCCCAGCGCCACCUUCGUGACUCCCGGGGCGGCCGAGCCCAAGCUCUUCGGAGGCUUCAAUUCCUCGGACACUGUCACCUCCCCGCAGAGGGCGGGUCCUCUGGCAGGUGGGGUGACCACCUUUGUGGCCCUCUAUGACUAUGAGUCACGGACAGAGACUGACCUGUCCUUCAAGAAAGGAGAGCGGCUGCAGAUUGUCAACAACACGAGGAAGGUGGAUGUCAGCCAGACCUGGUUCACAUUCAGAUGGCUGCAAAGAGAGGGAGACUGGUGGCUGGCACACUCGCUGAGCACGGGACAGACCGGUUACAUCCCCAGCAACUACGUGGCGCCCUCCGACUCCAUCCAGGCCGAGGAGUGGUACUUUGGCAAGAUCACCAGACGGGAGUCGGAGCGGCUACUGCUCAGCGCUGAGAACCCAAGAGGGACCUUCCUUGUGAGGGAGAGCGAGACCACAAAAGGUGCCUACUGCCUCUCUGUAUCUGACUUCGACAAUGCCAAGGGCCUCAACGUGAAACACUACAAGAUCCGCAAACUGGACAGCGGCGGUUUCUAUAUCACCUCCCGCACCCAGUUCAACAGCCUGCAGCAGUUAGUGGCUUACUACUCCAAACAUGCCGAUGGCCUGUGCCACCGCCUCACUACCGUGUGCCCCACGUCCAAGCCGCAGACCCAGGGCCUGGCCAAGGAUGCCUGGGAGAUCCCCCGGGAGUCCCUGCGUCUGGAGGUCAAGUUGGGCCAGGGCUGCUUCGGAGAGGUGUGGAUGGGCACCUGGAACGGCACAACGAGGGUUGCUAUCAAAACCCUGAAGCCAGGCACCAUGUCUCCAGAGGCCUUCCUGCAGGAGGCCCAAGUCAUGAAGAAACUGAGGCACGAGAAACUGGUGCAGCUGUAUGCCGUGGUGUCGGAGGAACCCAUUUACAUCGUGACGGAGUACAUGAACAAGGGAAGUCUGCUGGACUUUCUCAAGGGGGAAACGGGCAAAUAUCUGCGGCUACCCCAGCUGGUGGACAUGGCUGCUCAGAUCGCGUCAGGAAUGGCCUAUGUGGAGCGGAUGAACUAUGUGCACCGGGACCUCCGAGCCGCCAAUAUCCUGGUUGGAGAGAAUCUGGUGUGUAAGGUGGCUGACUUUGGUCUCGCCCGGCUCAUAGAAGACAACGAAUACACAGCCCGGCAAGGUGCCAAAUUCCCCAUCAAGUGGACUGCUCCCGAAGCUGCUCUGUACGGCAGAUUCACCAUCAAGUCAGACGUGUGGUCCUUUGGGAUCCUGCUGACCGAGCUCACCACUAAGGGACGGGUGCCCUAUCCUGGAAUGGUGAACCGUGAGGUGCUGGACCAGGUGGAGCGGGGCUACCGGAUGCCUUGUCCCCCUGAGUGCCCCGAGUCCCUGCACGAUCUCAUGUGCCAGUGUUGGCGGAAGGAGCCUGAGGAGCGGCCCACCUUCGAGUACCUACAGGCCUUCCUGGAGGAUUACUUCACGUCCACCGAGCCUCAGUACCAGCCUGGGGAGAACCUAUAGGAACUGUGUGCGCAGGACUGUCGCCCUAGGCUUCUGGGUGUGGCCUCUGAUGCACCUGCCUCCUUCACCCUCUCUCUGGGGCUGGGUUGCCUCGGCAAUGCCCCUUCUGGAGCAUGGAAGGGCUUCAGGGACAGGGGCAGCCUGGAAGGACAGGUUGAGGCUGGUACAGUGACUGUCCCAUAGCCUACCCAGGCCCACUCUGUAUUCUGUCUGGAGUCAGCCUCCUCACAGGAGACUCACAGGUGAAGAUAAGGGCUGAGGUGGUUUCCAGCUUCAGCCCUCUCCACUCACCUGACUCCUCCCCACAUUCUUCACCCUGGGUCUGUUUCAAACUGGCCAAAGAGCCUUUCCAAAGAGGAAUGAGGCCCAUAUGUACUUCCUGCCCUGGCCAUUCUUGUUGGAGGCUUCUGGGUGGAACAUUGGGUCUAGAACCAUCUCCCAUGGCUCUCAGGCUAGACAGUCCAAGGCCCCACAUGCUGGGAUAUGAGUCAGGGUGAGCUCUCCUUCAGCCCUGUCCUCCACAUGGGACCCUUGGCGAUCACCAACACAUUACCCUCAUUUCUCUGUCAGAAAACCUGAAUCCAGGAGGGACUGUGACUUGCCCAAGAACACGGGCAGUUCAGGGUUGAGGUGGGUUAGCACCUGGUGCUCCCUCUGUCUUCCUCAGGAACCAAUGAGAACUGUCCUCAAAGGCACUGGACAGGCUGGGGCCUGAGAAUGGGUUAAAGGUGGCGGAGUUAGGCUGCCAUUGAAGCUCAUGGUUUGUCGUGGGGGAAGAACGGGGACAAGCAUAAUGCUGAGUCAGGAAUGGGGUGGAGAGUGAUGGUGUGGACCAGGCUCAGUGACAGUGUGGGUUGGUUUUGACCUUAAGAGCCAGCCAUGAGAUGGAGUGAGCUCUCGGGCUGCAGAGGCAAUCAAGUGGAAGUAGAAGAGCUAAGAAGCUGGGAGCCCUAGCUGUCUUUUGUCCCAAUCAUUUCAACACCUGGCCCCAUGCUGGUACUCCUUAGCUUGCCUGGAGGGAGGGGAGCUCCUUGGUCAGGGAAGGGAGGGUAUGGACCCUCACUGCUGUGUGUCAACACUGGCCCUGCCCUCUCUGGGAGCUGCAGUCUCUCCAGCUGUGGUCAUUGUUCAGCCUCUGUAUCGAUCACAGCUGGGGUCCAGGAGAGCACAGCCCUGCCACAGCAGUCAGCUGACUGCUCGGUCCCUGACUCUUCUGCCCAGCCUUGGGGUGUGUGGUAGCUUCUCUCUGCCUCAGUGUCCCCAUCUUUAAGGUGGGUAAUUGAUGGUUUGUGGCAUCUCAGCUGAGGGCCCCUGUGUGUAUGUGUGUAUGUACAUGUGCCUGUGUGUCUUCCCCUGUGCGUGUGUGUAUACAUGUGUCUUCCCCUGUGUCCAUAUUUAACAUGUAAAAACACCCCUACUCUCUCCCCAGACAUGACCAUUUCACCCACUGCCCCAUCACAGCAAUAAUGUCCCCACCGCCGGGGCUUCGAGCCAGCCAGGCCCUGCCUACAAGGAAGGAGGCCAAGCUUGGCCUGCCCUGACAUUUCCACUUUCUUCCCAUUGUCUCUUGCCCAGUUUUCCCAUCCACCUGGCAGGUCUGAGCUUGCCACCCAUUCUUCCCACCCACUCCAGCUACCCAAGGACCUUUGCAUACGGUGGCCUCAACUGUUCUGUUUUCUUUUUCUUUCUUUUUUUUUUUUUAACAAUGUUUUGUAGAUUUCAGAUGACUAUGCAGAGGCCUUUGGGACCCCCUCCCCGGCUCUGGGUAGGGCCUGGGGAUCCCUCAUUCCAUGGCCCAGACUUGGAGGGAGGGGGACCCAGAACUGGUUGUACAUACUUUGCAUACUGUCUGAUUAAACACAAACAGACCUCA